AUGUUGGUAAGAUUCUUGUAUUUGCUCUCCUUCAUUAGUAUUUCGAUGUCGUUUGAUAGAAGCUGUAGUAAAGCUGUUAUGCAAACGUUGAAUAAACUGUAUGAUAACUCUACAUCACAGACAGAGCGUUUAGACAUCUUGAGAAACAGAAUGAGAAUGGAUAUUUCUACUGCUCGAGUAAUGGAGUUGGUAAUUGAGAAGCUUAAUAACUCAUUGAUGAACGAAACUCAGCUGGUAAAAGAAUUGGCAACAAAAACAAAUCUUCUCAUAUUUGCUCCAACUCCAUGUUGGGAGCAAACUCUUCAAUCAGAGAUUAGAUCCACCACCAAACACGGUACAAUGGAAGAAGCGAAACGAUUGAAGCGCAUCAAUGAAAUGAUUGAAAACGAAAUUAUUUCAUUAACAAGAAAAUAA